AUGGCCAAGAAGCAAAUCGAGGUUAAUUGUGAUAUGGGAGAGGGUUUUGGCAGAUGGAAGAUGGGCCCAGACGAGGAGUUGAUGAAAUUCAUUGAUGUCGCCAACGUUGCGUGCGGGUUUCAUGCUGGCGAUCCCUCCAUUAUGCUACGGACUGUUCGUCUGGCCAAGCAACAUGUUAUCCGAGUCGGAGCGCAUCCCGGCUUUCCAGAUCUCUUUGGCUUUGGCCGAAGGAGAAUGGAAAUCGACCCAGAAGACAUGUAUGCACUCAUGCUCUAUCAAGUCGGCGCAUUGGUCGGGAUCCUGGAGGCGGAGGGAAUGAAGCUCAACCACAUCAAGCCCCAUGGACAAUUAUACUUCUACGUCCACCGCGAUGAGGAGAUCCGAGACGCCGUCGUCAGAGCUGUCAGCAAGUUCGACGUUCCGUUGUAUGGCCUACCACAUGACACAAUGAAGGAGGUCUGUAGCAAGUAUGGUGUCACGUUGGUUCACGAGUUUUAUCCCGAUAUUCAGUACGACGCGACUGGUCAUCUUGCUCCAGUUAAGGGGGAGCAAGCCAACGGCAAAGUUGUGGGAGAAAGGUUGGCCAACUUCGUCAGAGAUGGACAUGUAACCACUCCGGACGGCGCUCGAGUUGAUCUCGGAUUCGGCGACGUUUCGAAGGCGAGCUUUAGUAUCUGUGUCCACUCUGAUUUCCCCGCAGCGCUGGAGAAUGCUGCUGCUGUCAGGAGUGUUGUAGAUCGUCUAUUCAAUUAA